AUGAUCAUCACCCACACCAGGACCACCACCAUCAUCACGAUCACCACCACCACCAUCACCACCACCGCCAUCACCACCUGCACGUCCACGAUCACUCCGACGCCCCCUUUAGCGGCUACUAUGUCGGGCUUCCGAAGGCCUUUCGAGGUCUUGACAUGUGGCUCCGUCACCACCGACCAUUGGUCUGAAGCCAUCGCGUCUGCUACUAGCUUCACAACACGAUCGUGGCGCAAUAUCCGGCCCCCGUGCGUCCGCCAACACUGCUGGAUGGUGUGA